UCCUGCCCGGAUGUGUAUGUCUGAGUGCUGUAUCCUGCAGUGCCUCUGGCAGUAGUGACAGUUAGGGAAGUUAGUAACAUCUACUACAGUAAAGGAGUACAGAACAUUAGUUGCUGUUGGAGAGACACCACACGGAUCAAGCCUUAUGGUCUGGAAAGACCACGAACAGAGUAGGACUUCUGAGGAUAUCCUUCCUUCCCAUCUAUAGUAUCUGGACUGAGGAGGGACUCCACCUGUAACGUUGUGAUUGGGAUUAAGUGAAGGCUCUAACCUGGGUGUGCGCCAUAACGGUGAAACUGGAUGAACACAGGCAGCCUACUGAGAGACCAUGAUGAGGAGGGGAGAGGAGCGAGAGGACAUCACCACUCUCAUCGCCAUGACUAACACUGCAGACCACAACUACGGGAGCAUGGAUACUGGGAUGUCUCAGGUCAGCUCUGGGGACAAAAAUGUGUUCAGCGACGGCAUCACUCGCAUUGACUUUGUGUUAGUUUGGGAGGAGAGUUUAGCUGUGUUGAAGGAUGGCACAUUAGAGAAAGAUAAGUCAAGUCACGCCACCCAAGACUCACAUAGGAAGUGGAGGGAAGACUUCCUGUCCAGACUUCAAGCAGCCGGCAUCGACCAGGAGAUGCGGGAAGUUCUUCAAGCUAAGAAGAAAAUCUCCUAUGUGCUCCUGAGCGCCCCCUGGAGUGUCCUUUGCUACUACGCUGAGGAGAUCAGUCUCCGUGUCCCUCUGCAGAUGGUAACCACACCAAACUUCAACUGGUCAGAGAGGAUGCUAGAGAAAAUAAAAAUCCCAAACCUCAUGAGCCAAGACGUGCCCAGCAUGCCCCCGGACUAUUACACCUGCCAGUUUCGCGCCAACAAACUGGAAAGGUUUCUGGGCAGUGAGAAUAAGGAGACGUUCUUCAAGACUACCCAAAGACACCAAGUACUGUAUGAGAUUUUAGCACGGACGCCUUAUGGGGCAUUAAAAAGAGGAGAGGUGGGAAUCGAAAGGCUGCUCAGCGAGAAUGCCUUCUCUGCUGCAUACCCCCUGCAUGAGGGUCCAUUUGAGAUGCCCGGGGGGGAGGCGGUGGACUCUCAGUCCUUGAGCAUGAGGCAGAUCCUCCACCAGUAUUGGGCUCGCUGGGUCAGCUGGAAGAAAUACCAGCCUCUGGACCACAUCCGAGAGUACUAUGGAGAGAAGAUAGCACUGUACUUUGCCUGGCUAGGGUUCUACACAGGCUGGCUGCUCCCAGCAGCUGUGGUCGGAACACUGGUCUUUCUGUUUGGCAUCUGGCUGAUGGUCACUGAUGCGCCAGCGCAGGAGAUCUGUGAGAGCAAGGAGGAGUUUGUCAUGUGUCCUCUGUGCAAAAUCUGCUCCUACUGGAACCUAUCCAGCAUCUGUACCACCUUCAAGGUAGGGCUGUUAUUUGACAAUGGGGGAACGGUAUUCUUCAGUAUUUUCAUGGCUCUAUGGGCUGUCACUUUCCUGGAAUACUGGAAGCGCACCAGUGCAGUGCUGGCCCACCGAUGGGACUGUUCAGAGUUUCAGGAAACUGAGGAGCGCCCAAGGCCAGAGUUCACUGCCACAGCGCCCAUGACCCUGCGGAACCCUGUGACUGGUGCAGAGGAGCCUUACUUCUCAAAGCGACGGCGCUUCAACCGCACCCUGACCGGCGGCAUGGUCAUCAUAAUCAUGGUAUCUGUAGUGCUGAUGUUUGUGGUGGCGAUCAUCGUUUACCGGGUGAUUCUGAGCAUCAUCAUUUACAAAUCUCACAAUGCCUUCUUGAUCUUCUCUGCUGGUCGGAUAGCCAGUCUUACAGGGUCCGUGCUGAACCUUCUGGUGAUCCUCAUGCUCUCCCGGGUCUACAUCUACCUUGCCCAGGUCUUAACGCGUUGGGAGAUGCACCGCACACAGACCAAAUAUGAGGACAUGUUUAUUCUCAAGGUCUUCAUCUUCCAGUUUGUCAACUUCUACUCCUCCCCGGUCUACAUUUCCUUUUUCAAAGGCCGGUUUGUUGGUUACCCUGGCAACUACUACAAGCUAUUGGGAAUACGGAAUGAGGAUUGUGGUGCUGGGGGCUGUCUCAUUGAACUGGCCCAGGAGCUACUGGUCAUCAUGGUGGGCAAACAGGUCAUCAACAACAUUCAGGAGUUUAUCAUGCCAAAACUAAAGUCUUGGUGGCAGAAGCGCAAGAUCCAUCCUAAGGUUAGAGCUGAAGAUGAGAAGGUGAAAGAGGGAGGACCGACACAGGAUGCUGCACCCUGGGAGACCGACUAUGAGCUCCUGCUGUGUGAGGGACUGUUCGAUGAAUAUCUGGAAAUGGUGCUGCAGUUUGGCUUCAUUACCAUCUUUGUGGCGGCAUGUCCACUUGCCCCGCUGUUUGCCCUGAUCAAUAACUGGGUAGAGGUGCGUCUGGACGCACAGAAGUUUGUGUGUCAGUACAGACGGCCCGUAGCAGAGAGGGCUCAGGACAUUGGAAUCUGGCUGGACAUCCUACAAGUCAUCACCUACGUUGCUGUCAUUAGUAAUGCCUUCCUGAUAGCUUUCACUUCUGACUUCCUGCCUCGCCUCUACUACCGCUUCAACAAUGAUGGCAACCUUCAGGGUUAUGUUAACUUCACCCUGGGUACUUCCCCAAGCAACUUUAACGCCAACAACACACAAUGCAGAUAUAGAGGAUACAGGGACAGAAAUGGGCAUUUUCGACCGGAGUACUUCCACCUUCUGGCUUGCCGGCUGGCCUUUGUCAUAAUUUUUGAGCAUGUUGUGUUCUUCAUCGGUCGUUUGAUUGACAUCAUGGUCCCUGAUAUACCUGAGGAUGUGGAGAUCAAAAUUAAGAGAGAGCACUAUAUGGCCAAGGAGGCCCUGGCUGAGAACGAGGCUUUGGGUAAGGUUGUCGUCCUAGUUGAAAAGGAGAAUCUGUCCACUGAGUUGCGACGCAGAGCCAAACCUCAAACUUCCACAGCGUCUCCACCCCGGGAGUGCAACUCACCACCACCCUUACUGAAUCCAAUCCCAGAGGACCCAGACAGAUCACCGCUCUAACCCCUGACCUCCCCAGGCGUCGUUUGGACGCCAGCUCAAGGUCACAUGAUUGAGUGAUGAGAUUUAUUUUUCAGCUCUGUGUUUCUAACAAACUUCAGUGACAUGGACAAGUAUAGUCAUAACUGAAAGACUAAGGAGAAGGCAAAUAACAGGACUAAUCCUUACUCAGGACUGACUGCAGUGAGAUUGAGGCUUUGCAUUGUGCUUACCCAUAUUGAGCAGCAGUAUACCCCCCACUCUAACCAUGCAGCAAAUGUGUGGACUACCUGAGAACUGUGACUAGACUAGUCUUUCGAAUGAAUCGUUAAACGGGAGUCCUGAAUCUGUGGUCAUAGAAAAUUCCAUUGCAGUUAUUGUAAGACUUUGGGGUGAUAACCCCAGUGUCUUGGCCAAAUUCUCAACCUGGCCCCAUUCAAUCAUGACCACCGAUUCAUCCCCCUGAUUCCCAAUUGGCAUAUAUCACUCCUCACCUCUCCACCAUGAUAGCUGAUGUGUGGUGAGUGUUCUGGCACAAAAUGGUUGCUGUGCAUCGCCCAAAUGGGUGCUACACAUUGGUAGUGGAAGAGGUGAGUUCCCCUCUUUAAUAUGUAAAGCACUACACAAAUCCAAUCAAUCAAUUACUACUAGAGAAAUGUGUCUCUUUCGGUGUAGCUGCUCAGUCCUUAACUGAAUAAUAUAAUUACUUUUUUGGGUUGGCAGUGAACUCACUUCAUGUUUCAGGAAUUAUAGUCUUCCAGUUCAGUCCCCCGCAAAUACACUGUAUAUUUACUGUAUGAAGCAGCUUGAAGCGAUAAGCACAUAGACUGGAAUCAACUGAAGUAUUUAUUUAACUAACCCAAUCAUGAUACAUGUGUGUAUAUAUAUAUAAUUUAUGCAAAAAAAGAAACGUCCUCUCACUGUCAACUGUGUUUAUUUUCAACUUAACGUGUAAAUAUUUGUAUGAACAUAACAAGAUUCAACAACUGAGACAUACACUGAACUAUUUCCACAGACAUGUGACUAACAGAAAUUGAAUAAUGUGUC